AUGGACGCCUCCCUUCAUCAGUCCCCAAUGAAUCGGCAAGCACGAGAGUCAGAAAACCGCCAACAACCUGUCAACUCUCUUCCCCCUGAAGUACUUUCCAACAUAUUCCUACUUUGUGAAUACGCCAUUAGACCUUCUCGGUAUGUUCGCAUGCGGGGAACUACCACCAGGGGCGACUUCAACUUGUUCUGCCAGACAACGCUGCCGGCAGUGUCUCAUUACUGGCGAGAGGUUGCACUUGAUACCACUGGGUUGUGGACGCGGGUUACGCUCGCAGAUCGACCGCCAUUUCAUCUUUCGGCUUUGUAUCUAUCUCGCUCAGGAGAAGCCCCCCUCGAUGUCGAAAUACGGAUGACCGACAAACACUGGGGUUAUUCAAACCCAUGGAUACCAGAAGUCCAUCAAGCGCUCCCCUUCAUUGUCGCACAGGGUGGUGUAACCUCAAGGUGGCGCAAUUGUUGGAUUCAAACCAAUGACUUACCUGCGCAUCUUGCUACGCUGAAGUUUCUUACGCUAUCUCAUUUACCGAUACUUGAAUAUCUUGAGUUGGACUACUGCGGGCCAGAAUACACAUCCAGGCGCUUUGAGUCUGGGGUUUACUCGAAUUUUACCUCAGGAGGAUCAUUGUUUUGCGACUCACCUAACUCACGAUUACGGGUGGCCGUGCUACGGAGCAUCCCUAAUAUAUGCUUGUUUAGGCACCUUGAUUCAUCCCGACUAACUGAGCUUACCUACCUCGAACUUGGUUUUUGUUCGCCCUUGCCCAAGCUUGAACAGCUCAACGAACUACUUGUAGCCUGCCCGCGGCUUACUUCACUAUUUCUGGACUCUAUGCUAGAGUCUCAUUUCGGAGAUGAUCCUCUCCCUCCCGAAGAGCCUAUGGAAUUACGGGGAGUUCAUUUGCCCACGCUUCAAUCAUUAGCCUUAAAAUAUACCAUUCGUUCUUCUACACAUUGGGAGCUAGGUCUCCUGAAAAUGAUUGAUGCUCCUCAUGUCAAGUCAUUUCAACUUUAUCUCGCGUCAAAUAGUGCAUCAGAAGCAGAUUCGAUUAUCAACUACAUCGCCAAUAAAGAUACUGCGACGAAUUCGGGACCAAUGUUCCCUUUGCUCACCAGCUUCGGUUUUUUUGCACAAUGGGAUAUCACGUCUGACUUAAGAAAGAUUCUGUCUACUCAUCCAAACAUCACCACACUCAUACUCCCAGAGUUCCCCGAACUCACCGCGCUAUUAGAAACCCCUUGGCUGGUACCUAGCCUUGCUUUGUUGAGCCUUGAAGUCAGAGAGUAUGAAGUUCUAAAAAAGCUCUUGGUUUCGCGACGAAGUGCGUGCUUGCCGCUGAAAACCGUAGAGCUAAAGAGACAUACAACUGUGUGGGUAAUACCGCCGGAGGAACAAAGGGGGUUGGAGGAGUUGGUCGAUUUAGUUUUUGUGGACGAAUUAGAAGAUCGAAUGUUUAGUAUGCUGAAGAUCGACGAGCGGUUGUAG